AUGAGUAGAAAGCUACAUGUGGUCAUUCUGGCCGCAGGUCAGGGCAAACGAAUGCGUUCAGCGCGGACCAAGGUGUUGCAGCUGGUAGCGGGUCAGCCGUUGCUGGGUCACGUGAUCAACAUUGCCCGCAGCCUGGAUCCGGCAGCCAUACAUGUGGUUUAUGGUCAUGGCGGUCAGACGGUGAAAGAGGCGUUUGCCCACCAGCCCGAUCUUCGUUGGGCGUUGCAAGAGCGUCAGCUGGGCACCGGCCAUGCCGUGCAGAUGGCUUUACCGGGCAUUCCUAACGACGCCAUGGUCUUGGUGCUCCUGGGUGAUGCGCCGCUGAUGUCACCGACCUCACUUGAACAGGUACUGGGUGAUGCCGGUGAUGGCCUUGGCAUACUGUCAGCACGCGUGGGUAAUGCGAUCGGGUACGGACGAAUAGUGCGUGCGCUAGACGGGCAGCUGGAACGCAUUGUGGAGCAGAAAGAUGCCAGCGAGACUGAGCUGGCGAUCACCGAGGUCAACGGCGGCGUCAUUGCCGCGCCCGCGGAGAGUCUUCGCCGUUGGCUGGAUCAGGUGGAUCAGGGAAACGCCCAGGGCGAGUUUUAUCUGACAGACUGCGUGGCUAUCGCGCGCAAUGAUGGUGCCACCAUCAGUGCCACGGUGGCGGGUCAUGCUGAUGAGAUUCUGGGUGCUAACGACCGUUGGCAGCUGGCAGAAUUGGAGCGCCUUUAUCAACGUCGGGCGGUCGCUGCUUUGUGUUACGACGGCGCCACGGUGAUGGAUCCGGCUCGGGUCGAUAUCCGCGGCACGGUGGAAGUUGACGAGGAAGUGGUCAUCGACGUCAACACCAUUUUCGAAGGUGAGGUGACGCUUGGCGCGGGAGUGACCAUCGGCGCUGGAAGCGUGAUCCGCAACAGCCGGCUUGGUCCAGGUACCCGGGUUGCGCCCUAUUGUGUGCUGGAGGGCGUUGAAACCGCUGGCGACUGUGAUAUCGGUCCGUUCGCCAGACUCAGGCAAGGUACUCAGCUGGGCCAGCAAACCAAAGUAGGCAACUUUGUGGAAACGAAAAAGGCGGUGCUGGGAGAUGGCAGUAAGGCCAGCCACCUGUCGUACCUGGGCGACACCGAGAUCGGCCAGGACGUCAACAUUGGCGCUGGCACAAUUACGUGCAACUACGACGGCGUUAAUAAGCACCUGACGGUGAUAGAGGACGGCGUGUUUAUUGGUUCUGACACCCAGUUGGUGGCGCCGGUAACCGUCGGCGCGGGGGCCACCAUUGGUGCCGGUACUACCUUAACUCAAGAUGCACCCGCGCAGUCACUGACUAUCUCGCGGGUGCGGCAGAAAGUCGUUGAUGGUUGGGAAAAGCCCGUUAAGAAAUAG